AUGUCUUCCUGUCCUCAGUCUCCAGGGCGACCGCAGAGAUCUAAGCGCAGAUGCCUGUCUGCAGCGGUGGGGGGGCGGGGCUUCGUUCCAGCUUCGUCUCUCAGGGCCCUCCACCUGGGCCCCUGGCUGGAGGCCCCGAGACCACCCGCGUCCUGCUCCUCCUCCUCCUCGUCCUCCUCGUCCUACCUCACCCCGGUGUCAGAGGAGGAGGUGGAGGAGGGGGCGUCUCCGGGAGGACACAGUCCUGUCUGUCUCAGCCGCAGGUUGAAGCAACGUCUGACGGCGGCGGCGUCCACCGCGGCCGAGUCUCUGUCCUUCCUGACGGAGGAGGAGAAGAGAUGGCUGGACGGCGAGCAGGGGGACGCCCCCACAGGGACGGAGGAGAUCGUCAUCAGCGACGAGGAAGACGAGGCCGUGGUCCGCUCCGCCCAGGAGGACGAAGACGAGGCGUUCGCCCGGAGCCUGCAGGCCCAGUUUGACCAGGAGGAGACACACAGACAUCAGCAUCUUCAUCAUCAUCAUCUUCUUCAUCACCAGCUGAGCCACCACAGGUAUUAUCCCUACACGGAGGACAGCUGGACGCCUCGUCUCCCGGCCGCUGUCUCGCCGCUGGUCGCCGUGGAGCACGAUCUGAUUGGUCAAACCAGAAGACGUGGGCGGGGCCGGAGGAGGAACGCCCAACCGGAGCUCUCAGAAGACCUUCAGGGAAACGACUACGAGGCUCUCCUGGCGUUCGAGGACCGCCAGGGACCCGUCGUGUCCAGGAAGUUGACCCGGGGACAGAUCCAGAGGUUUCCCACCAAAACCUUCCAGGCCGGCGCCGGGAACACGCGGUGUCAGAUCUGUUUCUGUGACUACACCAAUAAGGAGAAGCUGAGGAUCCUGCCCUGUUUCCAUGACUACCACGUCCAGUGUAUCGACCGAUGGUUGAAGGACAACGCCACCUGUCCCGUCUGCAGAGCCAACCUGGCGGACGGCGCCGGCCUCGCCCCCCCGCAGCCCCUCUGACGGCGGCCGUCGUCCGGGGCGACGGGGCGUCCCCGUCCCCGUGGUUUUAAAGGACAACUCGUCUGUUUUUAUACUGUUUAUUUAACCUGCUGCUGUCGUUCUGUAUUAAAUGUCGAGACUUUUCCCUCUGGUGUCUACUCCUUC